CUCGGUUCCCAAGCUUUUCAACAUGGCGGUUUAUUCGUCGUUAUACAUGUAAACUGGUGUUUCAUUGAUUCAAAAAGAUCAACAAAUGUGGUUUCAAACGUUAAAAACAAGGCAUUUGGUGCGCAGUUUCUCCACGGAUAACAACCAAGGUUUAGUUGCAGGGCUAGAGUAUACAGACAAGAAGUCCGAAGUCCAUGCUUUGAAAGUGCGUACUUAGUAAACUUGGUUCUUGAGUAUAAAGCUUGCAUUUACUUUGAAGUAUUUGGGAAAGAAUUUAUCCUUAUCUUCUCUGUCGUUACUCCACAUAAAUUUAGAGAGAAAUACCCCCUUUGUUGCUGGAGGAAGGAGUAAACACUGCAUUUGUAACACACGAAAAUGGUGGGAUGUCAUUGUUGGGAAUCUGUCAGUCUGGAAAAGGAAAGUCUUGUGUGGAAAUUAGGGCAUGGGAUGUAAUGAGCUCACUUGGCUUCACCGCUAAAGAAAUAACAGUACAGGAUAUUCAAAAGAACUCUAUAAAUGAUGGCAAGUUUAAGUAAGUACACAUAACAACAAGUGUAGACUCUUGUUUGUUGUGUUUUAAAUGGAUAAUCCCAAGUGCAGUAAUGUACCCCCCCGCCUCCGUCCGUUCGGAGUAAGUUAUUAUGAAAACUGAGGAUUUCUUUAGGGAUAGAGUAAACAAAUAAAAAAAUUAGGAAUUCUUUGAGGUUGAAGCUUUAAUUUGCAUGAAAUUCUUCAGAGGCUGAACUGUAUUUUAGGAAAGUCUUGAGGGGUAAAUGCAAUUUUAUUUAGUCAUAGAGAGGGGGGAGGGGUACGGAUGUAAAAUGCAUCACCCCAUUCAUUAUGCCAAUCACAGUAACAUUAGUUGUUCAAUUAUUUGUGGUGUUUGGUAGAAACAAGGAAGAAGAAGAAGAAGCCAUGUCCCUAUUAGUAUUUUACUAUUGUGAUUGUUUUAGUCGCCGUCCUAGUUUUAACACAGGUAACCCAGGCUCACUGUUUGUGUCACGUACAUGUUUCAUAACAUGAGUAAAUAUAGACAAUGUAUGGGGCAAAGUUCAGGUCUGGAAAUUUGCUAGAAAAUGAAAAUAAAAAUCGAUGAAGCCUACCAUGUGGCGAGUUGUUGUUGUCCUUAAUAUGCACAGGAGGUUUCGGGAAAGGUAGUCCCCUUCAUCUUUUCUACAUAGUUUACACUUUUGUUAUAUUUUAAUAUCACUGUUCCAAGAGGAAGAAAAGCAUAUGCAGAAAAGGUGAAGGAGCUUGUUUUUCCUGAAACUUGCUGUGCAUAUUAAGGACAACAACAACUCGCCACAUGGGAAGUUUCAUUAAUUUCUAUUUCCAUUUUCUAGCAAAUUCCCAGACCUGAACUUGACCCCAUACUGGUUCUCUAAAUUUACUCAUGUUAUGAAACCCAUGUGACACAAACAGUGAGCCUGGGUUACCUUGGGUUUUAACCCAUAUGUUUCAGUGUGUAUUUGUUGCCAUUUCACCUCUUACCUUGCUGUAUCAAGGUCAUAUCGCUCCUUGGAAUUUCACUCUAACAAGGCCUCUAUUAAAGAGGAGUGCUUACUUGAGGGUGUUGUUCAAUUACAUGCAUUUAGGUACACUGGACUAUGCAUCCCAUCCAGAGCGGUACAUACUAUAUAGUAUUGUCUUUACAGUAAUAGCAAAAUUUAUAUUUUUCCUACAACUCUCUCAGUGACACCAACCAUAUGAGGUUCUCCUGUCCAAAUAUAUGGGAUUUUGUUGGAAUUUGAAUUUUAUAAGAGUACUCAAUGUAAUAAUUGUAUGGAGAAUAAAUAAAACAAGCUCGAAAUAAAUAAAUAGCAAUAAAAAUGACUCAACUUGAGUUUGUGUUUUACUGUCUGUUUUACUUCUAGAGCCAUUUCGAAGCCAUUUUAUUGAGGUUUAAUUUGUCUAUUUUCCAUACAGUCUCUUAUAAAAUUCAAAUUCCAAUGAACUCCCAUAUAGAUUCUGGGAUGGCUGUGCUAUUUUCUGUUUUAAUUUAUGUUACAUACAGUAUCUGUACCUUUUUUUUGGAAAAGGUUUUCAGUUAUUUUUGUUCUUGUUAAUAGGGCUGUUGUGAAUCUUCCAGAGACUUUAGGGACACACUUUUCUUUAAAGAUCACAGCUCUUAGGGAGUACCUAUCUGUUGCCAUCUCAUCAGGAUUAAUUAUUAUUUGGAAGUGCAGAAAGGUACUUAGUGGCGUUAGUUAUAAAUUUUUGUGUGGGAGAAAGUACUGCUUUUGAACAAUGCUAAAUACUAUAAAAAUUGUGUGGAUUUUUUUACGGCAAAUUGAGGGGAGUAAAACAUGAAUUGUGUAGGAUUGCACAAUGUUUCUCAAACAAAAAAGGCUUCUUGAAUUAUACAUAAUAUUAACUCAUGCCAGUUUUUGAAAAAGAUGCAAUUUCUGGUGUUUUUCUUGGCAGCAAUAAAAAAAUUAAUAAUGAAACAAGAAAUGAUUAAAUAAUGAAACAGUAUUGAGGAUGUAAAAGCAUUAAUUUUGUUACAGAAGCUACCUGACAAGCAAAACAAAAAGUGUUUUCAAAAAGAAAAAGGACUUGAAAGGCACCCUAAAGUUUCAUAAAAUCUUGGUUAUCAACAGUAAAAUAUUCAUUUCUACAAACUCUAAAGCUCUCUUAGUCACUCAGUAUUGUACAGUUAUUGUAGGAAUUGUGCAGGCUAGAUCUAAUUAUCUUUUUGUUCACAGGUAGAAAAUGUCUCAAUCAGUCUUGAAUUAAUAUCUGUAAUAAAAGCUACCAUGACCAUCCAAGACAUUACACUCAUAUGGGAUGAAAAUAUGCCAAAGAAAGGUAAUUUCAAGUGUCAUUACAAACAGAUUGUUCUGUCAAAUGUUGGGUAUUAUAAUGUUACAUCUUCUUGUAGGCUAUCAUGUAUAUUGCAUUUGCAUUGUGAUCAAUUUUGAUCUGUACACCUUGCCAACAAGCCAGGGGUUAUAUUGGAUUGGGGUGGGGGAGUAACAGGGGGUACUCCCCAAUGACAUGUCACAUGGGUGCUUGUGGCAGCUUUUAGGGAUUUGAAUUUUUCAAAUGAUAGCAAAAGAUGCUGGGACAUUGUUAAGCCAUCAAGCUUUGGUCACCUCUUAGGGGUUAAAAUGAGUCAGUCUGAGCCAUGCCCACAAAGCAAGAUUCUGUUUAUUUACAAAGAGCUUUUAGAGACAAGUACCCCACAUUUUUAUGUGGGAGUACCCCACACCAGGGGUGCAGGUAUUCCUUCAACCAGAAUAGAACUGGCUGCAGAUCUCUAACAACUCUUUUCAUGUGCAUGUAAGCUAAAAUCAUGAUUGCCAAACUGACUUUGUCAUAAUUUCACUGCAGGUUACCCAUCGUUAGUGGUGGGUGAAUCAGGAGGCAUCAAAGUUUACAAUGCACCCCAACAGACAGGUAUGUUGUUAAGACACAAGAUGUUCUUAAUUAAUAGUCAGGUUGAGCACCCGCACAGUGUAGCUAAGUGAUCUGCAAUCUCUUCCUUUCUUUUAUACUCAGCUGCCUCUUUGCAUCUCCUGUUUCAGAUGUGACUUCUGAAGAUGGGGAUUUGAAGUUUGUUGCUACCCAUAUUUCUUUUCCUCCUUCUGGCAAUGGAAACACAGUGCAAGGUACAUGUAUGUAGAAAAUUGGUGCAGUGUUUAACUGCGAUUUUCACAAACAUACAAACUCUAAAGUUCAAAAGCCGCCUUCACAAUUGGUGCCGCCAGUCAUAAGUAUGAUCACAAGCAACAAACUUUGAAACACAGAAACACACAAAAUGGAUCAAAAUCCACCAGGCACCAAUCACAAACCAUGACCUUUUAAACCCAUUGAAGUAAAGUUUUGUUCCCUAAGAGGUCCGAAAAAAGCAAUCAUCAGUUGGCUUUCGAACUUGAAAAGUGCAGUAAUUUGUUCCAAAAUAUAUCUUUUACAUUGACGCUACUGAACCAACUUUUGCACUUCAUGUUCCUUUUCAAUUUCCCAUAAAACAGUUUGGAUGUAUUAGAGAUUACUCCCGCCCCCCUGAAAAUAACUGUUGUUAACAACAGGUAACUGGGUAGGGUGAUGAUGACAUUACAGUAACUACUUUUGGGCUAAAUUGCAUACUCGCAGGCAUUUGCAGUAAAACUGUAUCUUAACUUUAAUUAUCAUUAAUUAUUCUAAUCAUUCCUGCAGAUAUCAGGUGUGCUUCAGCCAGCAGUUGUAUCGUGUCUGAUUGUUCGGGUAGACUAUGGUUCCUUCAUCCACCGCAUCUCAAAGAGAUUGUGCUUCCUAGCUCUCGAGGGGGUCAUGGGGUGUUUGCUGUUCAGCCAAAACAUGGCCAAACAGAAGGUAGGAUUACUUACAGUAUAGACUGUUUUUAUUUGUCUUUGCUUUUUUUCUGGUACAGUUUCUGCUUUAAUUUGUUUAAAUUAACAAAUCUUACUGACCAGUCUGACAAGGUCUCCGUUUGAAAAAACAAAAACGAAAUUGUUUUUAACCUAUUAAUCUAUUCAUGAGGUUAUAGCGAGCACUCCAAGUCAGUUGGUAGUGUGUUGUGAACUUUCAUUGUAUGCAAAUGAGUCCCGAGCAUACAGUUUAUUUUCGGCAAUGGUUUAAAUGAUAGGCCAUUUUGAUAUGACUCAUCACCAGUCAACUCAGUCACCUAUUUCUAUUAAAAAGAGAGGUGCGGUCAAGGGAAUUGCAAGGGAUGCAUGAUGAUUCUUUGAAUAAGGACCUACAUCACACCCACAACUGAUUCUUCACUAUGAGUUAACUGUUGGCUCAUAGUGAAUAAUCAGUUGUGGGUUAGAUUUAGGUCCUUAGGAAUCAAACAAUUUCCUUCAAGCUCAUCAAGCACACUCUCCCAUAAUUACUUAAUUUUGUUUUGCUGUCAUUGAGGAGUAAGGAUUUAGUGGUUGUGAUGUUGGUAAAAUCGCUUCCUAAUUUGCAUGUGAGUGAUGUGACCAUGCAUGCAAACUACAUGCCCAUCAUUCAACACAAUCCAUGAUCCAUCCAAUGAGUACAAUACACCACCAGAGACCAAAAAUGGAACCUUUUCAAAAUGUUUUCAAAAGCAGCACCCCCACCCCCCCAAAGAAUAUACAUAUAUAAAAAUAAAGAUAAAAAUAAACCAAAAACAAACAACAACAGCUACUUCGGCUGUCUUUCUUUGUGUUUGGACAAAGGAGUACGAGAUAUUCAAACCAAACCAUUGAUGCCAUAACAGCCACAUUCUUUAACCCCCCCUCCCCCCACUUGAGGUUGAGGUAAUUAUUAAUACAAAUAUAUAAUAAUUAAUACAUAUGAUUUGGGAUCAAAUUUUGAAUUUAAGUGCCGAUGGCAAAUUUGUGAUACUAACAUGUCAGAAGUGACAAAAACAACAAUGUUUUUACCGGUGUAACAGUUCAUUUACAUUAUCAAGAUCAGUGGGUUUUUUAAUAUACCGGUAUUUGUUUCUCUUCUUUAGGAUGGCUUGCCCUGGUCGAUCAAGGCCAGACAAUCAAUCUGUACAAACUGACAAACGUUCUCAAGAGUUGUGAAUCAGGGUUAGUCGCACAGCCAUGGCAUACUUUUCUCUCUCAACAUCCCAUCACUACUCUAUCAUUUCUUGAAGAUAAUGUUCUUGCUGGAUCAUCAAGCUCUGUUAAAUCCAUUUCCUUAUGGGUUGGUAUUGACAACAUAGGAUCCGGUCGAGUGGAAAGCAGCUGAUUGCUCUUGUCAUCUGGUCGUGGUUAACAGUACUGGAAUGUAUCUUGAGUGUCAAGUAUGGAUGAUAAGAAUCUUGCGAGAUUAGAAGAUUAUAGCAGCAUCAGUCGAAAAAGAUGAAAAGUAAAAGAAAUCAGACAUGUUUUAAACACUGCAAAGAAAAAAGGGAGGGACUUGCUUGGAUAAGUUGUUGUCAAUCAGAAGUAAAGUUCUUGGUGUGUAGAAGAUAAUCCUUUCAAGGAAAUUUUAAUCAGUGUUUAAAAACUGAUGAACGUCAACAUGACGACUUCCACAAUGGCAGAUAUCUGUUUUCAGAUUAGCUUCGUAUGGAAAAAGUUGAGCCAUCUGAAGUAUUGUAGCAGUCAUAAUUAACUCUAUGCCCUAAAGCUCAUACCUGCUUAAUUCAGGAUCACUGGUACCAUAUAUGAUUUCUAAGAGAAAACUCACGUUUGCUUACCGAGGAGUUAAUGUUAUAAUAGAAUGUAGUAACUAGUUAGUCCAUUGCUAAGAUGACAGGGAAACUUGGAGUUUGCCAGCUCAAACAAAUCUAUGUCUCCAAGGAUGUCAUUAAGAGCCGGGGUCGGGGAUUUCCCCCAGUUACUUUCAUAGGAAAAUGAAAAAAAAAAAGAACCAAAAGAAAAUCCCCCGCUGUUUGAUUCCCCACCUACAUUGUACUUGUUGUAUUUAUACCCGACAGCUGGAAAUCUUAGUGGCAGCCCUGUUUCUCUUUUCUCCCAUUUGAUGGCCGGCAUACCGAGGAUGUAAUCUCCUCACAAAUGCAGGUUUAUCACCUGUAUUUAAUGCUACAUGCAAGUGCUGCAAAGCAUGAUACAUGUAGGUAACAAACUUUGUUCUCAUUGUUUUUCAUUGGGAAAAAUAACUCUGUGGAC